CUCUGAAAUCAAUAAAAAUAUUUUUAAAAUUAUAAAAAAAUAAAAGAAAGUACAACUAAAAUGCCAAACAGGAGGGGAAAAGUGGAGUGAAAAUUACUUUAUUAAUCCAAAAGGAAAUGAGAAAGGAGAAACAAAUAACAGGUAGAAAAAAAAGAAAAUAGUAAGAUGGUAGUUUUAAGCCCAUCUAUAAAAUUAGUAGUUACAUUAAAUGUAAAUGGUCUAAGCACUUCAAUAAAAAAGACUAUCAGACUGUAUAUAAAAAAACAAAAAAGCAAAGCCAUUUACAUGGUGCUUAUAAGAGACACAAGCUGUUUAACAUGCAAAAUCCAUUUGAGCCCCUCUCUCCAGCUACAGCUAAUGUGCUUGGUCCUUCAGAGGAAGCUAAGGCCACGUUGGGGUGAGAUCCUCACUUCUUCCAGCAACUAGCACCACUUCCGGCAGGGCCCGCCCAGCACUUGCCCACAUGAUAGCUUUCAUCUCAGAGCUCACCUGCAUCUACUUGGCCUUUAUCCUGCCUGACGAAGAGGUGACGGUGACAGCUUUGGCCAAUGUCGACAUUGGGAGCCUCCUCUGCAAUGUAGGGGCUGGUGAACCUGUCCCAGCAGCUGGCAGUGCCCUAGCAGGAAGUCCUGCCCUCUUCACCUCUGUUGCCCCAGCUGAGGAGAGGAAAGUAGAAGGAAAGAAAGAAGAAUCUGAGGAGUCUGAUGAUGACAUAGGCUUUGGUCUUUUUGACUAA